AUGUUGUUAGUUUAUUGGAUAUUUGAGAUUAUCACAUUCGUGGAUUUGGGUAACCGAACAUUUGCAGAAGGAAAUGCUGACAAGCCAGGUAUUUUUAGUUUCUCAAAUUUUUGAAAUUUAAAUUCAACAUUAUACUUUUUACAGGUUUUCAUGACAUGCUUCUCAAAACUGUUCACAAUACAGCAACUUAUUUUGGAUUCGGUAAAAAGUGCAAAAAUCAUGGCAAAUUGUUAGAGGAUAAUUCGUGUCUUUGUCCCAAAUUUUUUAGCGGAUAA